GGACGGGAGGAAAGUAUCUGCUCCGCUGAGGGGGGAGAGGAGGAGCAGGAGACAGAUUGUGGGACCGAGCGCGGGCGGGCGGGAGGCGCCGGAGCUACCAGCGGCUCUGCUCUGCUUUAUGAAAUAUGGGAGACGACAGACCGUUUGUGUGCAGUGCCCCAGGCUGUGGACAGAGAUUUACAAAUGAGGACCACCUGGCAGUUCAUAAACAUAAGCAUGAGAUGACACUGAAAUUUGGCCCAGCCCGAACGGACUCAGUCAUCAUUGCAGAUCAAACACCUACUCCGACUAGAUUUCUGAAGAACUGUGAGGAGGUGGGGCUCUUCAAUGAACUAGCUAGUUCCUUUGAACAUGAAUUUAAGAAGGCUUCUGAUGAUGAUGAGAAAAAGGGUACUACUGGGCCUCUUGACAUGUCUCUGCCCUCUACACCAGACAUCAAAAUCAAGGAAGAAGAGCCAGUAGAGGUAGACUCAUCGCCCCCUGACAGUCCUGCUUCUAGCCCUUGUUCCUCACCACUGAAGGAGAAGGAAGUUACCACAAAACCGGUUGUGAUCUCUACCCCUACACCCACCAUCGUACGUCCUGGCUCCCUGCCUCUCCACUUAGGUUAUGAUCCACUUCAUCCAACUCUUCCUUCCCCAACCUCUGUCAUCACACAGGCUCCACCAUCCAACAGGCAAAUAGGAUCUCCUACUGGCUCCCUCCCUCUUGUCAUGCAUCUUGCUAACGGACAGACCAUGCCUAUGUUGCCAGGGCCUCCAGUACAGAUGCCUUCUGUUAUUUCGCUGGCCAGACCUGUGUCCAUGGUGCCCAACAUUCCUGGUAUACCUGGCCCACCAGUUAACAAUAGUGGCUCCAUUUCUCCCUCUGGCCACCCUAUGCCGUCAGAAGCCAAAAUGAGACUAAAAGCCACGCUGACCCAUCAAGUUUCUUCAAUCAAUGGAGGUUGUGGAAUGGUGGUGGGUACUGCAAGCACCAUGGUGACAGCCCGUCCAGAGCAGAACCAGAUCCUCAUCCAGCACCCAGAUGCCCCAUCCCCUGCCCAGCCACAGGUCUCUCCAGCUCAGCCCACCCCUAGCACUGGGGGACGGCGCCGGCGUACAGUGGAUGAAGAUCCAGAUGAGCGGCGGCAGCGGUUUUUAGAGCGGAACAGAGCUGCAGCCUCCCGAUGCCGCCAGAAGCGGAAGCUGUGGGUGUCCUCCCUGGAAAAGAAGGCAGAAGAACUUACUUCUCAGAACAUUCAGCUGAGUAAUGAAGUCACAUUACUACGCAAUGAAGUUGCUCAGUUGAAGCAGCUACUGUUAGCUCAUAAAGAUUGCCCGGUCACUGCACUACAGAAAAAGACCCAAGGCUACCUAGGUGAGUGA